UACUUCCGAUCCCAAGAUGAAAGCAGCUUGUAUAAUUGGACUAGUAGCUCUCCUAUCCACAGUGAGUGCUGUGCCCGUCGACGAUCGCGCUAACGGCGAAAACGGCUGGUACGUACCCCAGGAGGAUGGCUCCUUUGAAUGGAUUGACCUGGACGAUGCUGAAGAUCUGUGGGCAAAGGGCGAGGCGAUGGAGGAUCGCCUCCCCAAUCCUGUCUCCUUCUAUCUGUACACCCACUCCAAUCCCACCAAGGGCCAAAAAAUAACGACCAAGAACUCAUCCAUUGCCAGCUCACAUUUUAACAAGGAUCAUCCCACACGCAUUGUCAUUCACGGCUGGACCCAGAGCUACAAGGACUCCAUGAAUACAGAAAUCACCAAGGCCUGGCUGUCCCGCGGUAACUACAAUGUCAUCAUUGUCGACUGGUCCCGUGCUCGGUUCAACGGCUACUUAUCCUCCUCGUACGCUGUUCCCGGUGCUGGAGCCAAGGUUGGAAACAUGAUCAAGUUUUUGAAUCAAAGCCAUGGUUUGGCCUUGGACAGCCUUUACGUGAUUGGUCACAGUCUGGGUGCCCACAUUGCUGGAUAUGCCGGCAAAACCGUUGGCAAGGGUCUUAUUCGUACCAUUAUUGGCCUAGACCCUGCUCGGCCCUUGUUCAGUUACAACAAGCCCAACAAGCGUCUCUCCUCCGACGAUGCCUACUACGUGGAAUCCAUUCAUACCAACGGCGGCAAUCUGGGCUUCCUCGAGCCCAUUGGCAAGGGCGCCUUCUACCCCAAUGGUGGCUUAAGCCAGCCGGGCUGCGGCUCGGAUUUUCAGGGUAUCUGCUCCCACAGCCGCUCCGUGACUUACUAUGCUGAGGCUGUCACCAAGAACAACUUUGGAGCCAUGAAGUGCGAUAGCUAUAUGGUAGCCAUCAAUAAGAUGUGUGGCAACACCUACAGCACCAUUCGAAUGGGGGAUGAAAGCAAUGCCGACAAGGUCGAGGGUGUCUUUUAUGUGCCGGUGAACAGCUAUGCUCCCCACGGCAAUAUCAACUAAAUAAGAAUAAUAAUGUGACGCAAUCAAAAAAUAUUAUCGAAACCAA